AUGCUCAGAGUGAUUGCUGGAGCCUCUCCUGCUUGCUACAGCUUCUCCAAGGCUCUGGCACACCGGGAAGAGCCUGAGCUGCUGCUGAGAGCCGUGGCGUGGCCGCCUGCCCGCAGCGCCAUGCGUGUGGCCAUCCCCUUCAUCUGGCUGCUCGGCCUGCUCAGCAUCAAGCUUCUGGGGGCUGCCCAGGACUCUGGCACUGUCAUCCCAGCAGAAAGUCGCCCGUGCGUUGACUGCCACGCGUUUGAGUUCAUGCAGAGGGCGUUGCAGGACUUGAAGAAGACAGCCUACAGCCUAGACGCUCGGACAGACACCCUCCUCCUGAGAGCAGAAAAGAGAGCCCUGUGCGAUUGCUUUCCUGCAGUACACUGA